AUGAAUCAUUCGAAAAAAGAUAAGGAUGAAAAUAAAGUUGUACAACUUCAAGAUGAAGACUCAUCUGAAUUAUCAAACUAUAUAGCCAAGGAAUCAAAUGAGACAUGUUCAUACCUUAAGAAAGCGGAGAAUUAUAUGAAGAAUUUUUAUCAAAGCUAUUUAGUCCCAAAUGAAAGCUAUGAUAGCUCAUAUGAGAAUAGUGAUGAUGAAAAUGAAGAAGAUCAAAAAAAUGAAGGUGAUGAAGAUAAAGAAAGCAAAAAGAAAGAAAAAAGAAAGCGAAAAAAAAAGCCCAAAACAUUACUUGAAACUGUAAAAUAUAAUGUUAUGAAGAGAUUGACACCUACGAACCUAUUAUUUAUUUUUUUUUUCAUUGUUUUUUUAAUGUGGGGAUAUGCUAACAUUUUAAGGAACCCAAAUCGAAUAGGGUAUACUGCAGGCUUUCUAACUGAUGCAAGCCAUGAACGCACCACCAGACCUCCAGGAUGUACUUGCGGAAGGCAUAAAUCCCAUGGUGAUGUUGGAAGCGCUGGUGCACAUGCAAAAUAA